GCGCACGCGCGUCGAGAAGCCCGCUAAGGAGCGGCGCUGUCGGAGGUCGGGCGGGCUGGCGGUGACGUCGUGAGGAGAGCUUUAAAGUGCGGGCCGGGCCGGGCAUCUGAGGGUCCGACCCAGAGUCUGGCGGAGUCUUUGCCGAAGCCCUCCGCGGCAUGAGGCGCUGCCGUCGCCUUUUUUCCUCAGGACGUGGAGAAGGUGGAGGAGGAGGAAACCCCGCUGUCGCUUGUGCUGCAUGACCGACCGCUUCUGAGGUUCGACCCCUUCCUGGCCCCUCUACGCCCCCCGCUGCUUCCUUGAGCCACGCAUGGGGGCCUGGCAUUGAGGACCCUCGCUUCCCUUUCGGGCCCCGCUCGGGUCCCCUGAGAGCCAUGCCGGGCCGCCCCGGAGGACCCUAGAGUUGAGUUGGCAGGGGCCAUGGCGGCCGCCAGCGGCUACACGGACCUGCGUGAGAAGCUCAAGUCCAUGACGUCCCGGGACAACUACAAGGCGGGCAGUCGGGAGGCCGCCGCCGCUGCAGCUGCCGCCGUGGCCGCCGCCGCGGCUGCCGCGGCCGCCGCCGAGCCGUACCCGGCGUCCGGGACCACCAAACGGAAGUACCAGGAGGACUCAGACCCCGAACGCAGCGACUACGAGGAGCAUCAGUUGCACAAGGAGGAGGAGGCGCGCAAGGUGAAGAGCGGCAUCCGGCAGAUCCGUCUCUUCAGUCAGGACGAGUGCUCCAAGAUCGAGGCCCGCAUCGACGAGGUGGUGUCCCGCGCCGAGAAGGGCCUGUACAACGAGCACACCGUGGAUCGGGCCCCCCUGCGCAACAAGUACUUCUUCGGCGAGGGCUACACGUACGGUGCCCAGCUGCAAAAGCGCGGGCCCGGCCAGGAGCGCCUCUACCCGCCGGGCGACGUCGACGAGAUCCCGGAAUGGGUGCAUCAGCUGGUGAUCCAGAAGCUGGUGGAGCACCGCGUCAUCCCCGAGGGCUUCGUCAACAGCGCCGUCAUCAACGACUACCAGCCCGGCGGCUGUAUCGUCUCCCACGUAGACCCCAUCCACAUCUUCGAGCGCCCGAUCGUGUCCGUGUCUUUCUUUAGCGACUCGGCACUUUGCUUCGGUUGCAAGUUCCAGUUCAAGCCCAUCCGGGUGUCGGAACCUGUGCUUUCUCUGCCGGUGCGCAGAGGGAGCGUGACUGUGCUCAGUGGGUAUGCUGCUGAUGAAAUCACUCACUGCAUACGGCCUCAGGACAUUAAGGAACGCCGAGCGGUCAUCAUCCUCAGGAAGACAAGAUUAGAUGCACCGCGAUUGGAAACAAAAUCCCUGAGCAGCUCCACAUUGCCACCCAGCUAUGCUUCAGAUCGCCUGUCAGGCAACACCAGAGACCCUGUGCUGAAACCCAAAAGGUCCCACCGCAAGGCAGACCCUGAUGCUGCCCACAGGCCCCGGAUCCUGGAGAUGGACAAAGAAGAAAACCGGCGGUCUGUGCUCCUGCCCACACACCGGCGGAGGGGAAGUUUUAGCUCUGAGAACUAUUGGCGCAAGUCCUAUGAGUCCUCGGAAGAUUGCCCAGAGGCAGCCAGCAGCCCCACCCGCAAGGUGAAGAUGAGGAGACACUGAGGCUCUGUGCCCUCCUGGGACUCUGGCUAAUCCUGAUGUAGCUACCCCCAUCUUCUGUUCUGUUUGAGCGUUUUUUUCUUUGUUAUUUUGGUCCUAUAUACGUUUUCCUUGCUUUGUUGCCCAUUAAGGCUAAAGAACAGAAUUGGUGAAAGACCUGGGCUCUUAUGUUCUUGGCUUUCCUCCUUGAUGGAAAAGGCUGUUAGCUUCUGUAGGGGAUUGCUCACACCAGAGUAGCCAGUAGCGACAAUGGGGACAGCUGUCUUCAAGUGGAAGUUUAAUGAAACACACAAAAUGUUUUGGUUACGAAAUUCUAGUUUGGGCUUUAAAUGUAAAUCAUUGUAGUGUUUUAAGCAAAGUCUAUUCUUUUGCCAGCCCUUUUCUUCCACUGAUGCUCAUGCUUGGAUAAGGUUUCUUGGAGCCAUACAGGCCCUGCAUUGGGUCUGCUGCCCAUACAUCUCACCUGCUGUCCAGGCUCUUGAAGCUCAUGCAAAUACCCUGUUCCCCUGUUCAGGUUGGCGACUGCGUAUGGGGCUUAAACAGUGCCAGCCUCUGUCAUCCCAUCUCUGAGGCCCCAGGUUUCCUGCAUGCCCUCUGGCUUGCUCUGCCCACCAAUCCUGGAUGGUCAAGGAACUAGCACAAUGGUCCUGACCUCUUUUGCCAAGAGCAUGCCUGUUUGCUGGAUUGCUCUUGUUAGGCUAUGUGUGUGAUUGUAUGGAACAGUUAGACUUGCUGCAGCAGGUCAUUUGUAGGAAUUGUUUCUAGCUAGAGGAACUGAUUUGCUUCCGGUCUAGCAUUUGGGUUAUGGGAACUUGGGAUGUGUGGUAGGGCUUUGUUGUUUUUUGUUUGUUUGUUUGUUUUGUUUUUGUUCUGAGGUGUACCCCCACCCCCUUAGUCUCUUGCUCCUCAGUUGACUAUCUUGGGCCUCUUUUCCCAUAUCAUCUCUCUAAGAGGGUGUGCCUGCUCUGUCCACCUAUAGCAUAUAUCCAAGGCAGAAGUCUGACCUGCAUAUUGGGUUGGUACUUUCUCUGCCUCAGGGGCCUGGGUACUGGGAAAGGAACUUAUAAAAAUUACAGAAAGAAAAACAUACAAAGGUAAAGUCUUUGACAGUUUCUGCCUGCUUAGAUCCUGGAAGGUGGGGUUUUGUUGAUCCAGAUUCAUUAGGAAUGACUGGCAGCCAGACCAGGACUGGGCCUGCUGACAGAGGCCUUCUGAGCAGCCAUGCUACCACCACUCCGAAGUGCAUAUAGGUCUGGCCCUCGGGCCUCAGUGGCUGCAGAGAUUUGGGAGCAGACAACCAUUAGAAGUCUCUCCAUGGGGUAAGAAGAUCCUUUGCCAAUGUGGAGCCCUCAAAUUGAGACCGCAAAACUAAAGCAGUUACAGGUCUUCUGUGGUUUGGGGGUUUGUUUUGUUUUGUUUUUUAUUUUUUACUGCUCUUUUCCCAAAAUGAUUUGUAGUUGUGUGUGCAGCACUUUGCCCUAAUAUGUGUGUGCUCUACAAUAAAAACCAAAUUAAUAUAUUUUGAAA